AUGGGCGACGACGCUUUGGCCGCACUGAUUAGUGAGGCCAAGCAAAUAUCUCGGGCCGACUCACUCCAGCGUAUCAGUGUGAUCUUUCAGUGUAUAGAUCACCUUCUAUCUCUGGAAGACUCCACGCGUGGGUACGAAGCAGUCGGGGUCCUCCGCACCUUACCAAUCUUUCCGACAAGGAGAGGUGAAGCCCGACCAACGUUACAGACCUGCGAACGGCAUGAUGAUUGGUUUAUCGCGGACCAGCCCCGCCUGUUGGAGACUUUUUAUGGACGUCUUAACAUGCUCGCGUUUGGUGCGGAGGAUUUAGCACGUAUGUCGAGAUUGUUCUGUGCAUUGCAUAUCGAGGAUCGGUUGCUGUCCACGGCAGCCAUUUGCAAGCCCCGGCAGGGCCUGGCCUCCGUAGUGAGGGAGGAUUACAAAAGGCUGCUCCUGUCUAAAGCUGAAUAUCUCUCUUGCCUGGCUCGAAAUCACGGGUCUCAGCCGUCCGAGGUAUCCGAAUUGCUUCGGGAUAUAGAAGUGCAGAGUGUUGAUGAAGUCAUUGUCGAAUGGGCCGUUCUGUAUCCAUCUGAGUACAUUAUCGAUACACAUGAGGACACAAAAUUGGCCUUAAUUGUUAGAGAGGAUAACAGGGUACAGCUUUACAUACGCCAUAUCGAUGCAGAUGCAGACAAUCUGCCUUUCGAGCUCUGUGAGCAAUUGUCAGAGUUGUUCGGGAUCCCUUCUCAACACAGAACCUUGUUAUGGGCGGCUUUACUGCUGAAUGAUAUAGAGCUCCUGCGCGAGGCUCUAGGUCCAGGAAAUAUCUUCCGAACCAUGUCAUUGGAGUGGCAGCAGAUGGCCGUCCGUUCAGAGCCCAGUGGCCACCGCACACAGGUGUCCUUUGGACAAUCCGAAAGGGACCAUUCAUUUGAGACCGGGUAUACGCAAUUGGAUGAUCAAGAUAAUGUGAGUAUCGCACAGUUGACAGAUUCACAUUAUCAACAUAGAGUACCGAGGUUUACAGCAGAACCUGAUGUUAUCUUUUGUUCUACUGUGGAAGAAUUGCCCGAUGUGGAUUUCGAGGGAAAGACUCAAGAAGGUCAAAAGACGCUGCCUGCUCGUCUACAGAUGCUUAACACUGGGAUGCAAACUCUCUUCAUAGCGCGUAGUUCUACAACCUUGAUUGAUCACGAGCCAGCGUUUCUCGGAGAGGUGUUUGUCUCCGAGUUCCUGGGGCACGUUCUUGGAAGCGCAUAUGAUCCAAACAUACAUUGGACAAGCCACUUUCGCAAUCGCCUUGGCCAUACCCCUUUCAGGGCCCAGGAGAAUUCUCCUAUGUCAGGUUUUUAUAUUGAUGCCCGAACAGGCCAGGCAAUGACAGACUUUUUGAGAACAAACUCAAUCGAGGGGGCAGCAGCAUGGGCAUACCUUCCUCCCGAUUACCGUAUUGAUGUCCAGACCACAGUAGACGGUACAUCUGCAUCGUUUUCCUGGAGCCCGCUCGAUUUCGAUAUGGCACGUAGAUGGCGGAUUCGAGGUUCAUCCCACCAGCAAGACCACAUCUACAUUCUCAUACGAGUCUCCAAUGUGUAUGGUAAGGAUCCCCACGUUCGCAUGUUCGUGGAUCCCUGGGGUAUGAUUCAACAAGAAGAGCUCCUGAUAAAAGCUCCAUCGAACCUAGUCGCAAGUAUCCCCGACAGCGCACCUUUGGGGAUAGAACUUAGUACCUUCCAAAGCAAAAUACCACAGCCGCGUUAUGACCCCUUCUCCCGAAUGUCUAGAUUCCUUGGGUCGGCAAUAUCACGCCAGCGCUCCAAAGAUACUUCAAACGUGUACACCUGGGAACCAUUGAAUGAAGCCGCAAGACAGAUAAGGCUUCUUUAUCUGCUGCCCGGAAAAGGGACCGAAGACCUGAGAGGGAAGUUGACAGUCUCAACUAUAAGAGACCGGCCCGAAUAUGACGCUAUUUCUUAUACGUGGGGAAGUGCGCUUCACCCAUUCACGCUGCACACCUCGGAAGGGAUUAUUCCCAUCACAACAUCUCUAUAUCUGGCGUUGAGGCGAAUGCGUAAGCGCAACAAGUCAAGAUGGGUUUGGGUAGAUGCAAUUUGCAUCAAUCAGAGUGAUAGUGUUGAGAAGCCCUCCCAAAUAUCCAUGAUGCCGGACAUUUUUAGAUCGGCCACGCGUGUCUACGCGUGGAUCGGUGAAGAAGAAGAUGAGAGUCUCGCAGUUCUCAGGACUCUAGAACAGAUUGAUCAUGCUGUGCCGUCUCGCGGCGGAGAUGAAGUGAUCCCUCGCUUAGGGAGCACAUUCUGGGAUGACCUAGGCAAGCUGCUUGAGCGCAAAUGGUUCCGGCGAAUAUGGGUCGUGCAAGAAAUAGUUCUAGCGAGAGAUAUUAUUGUCAUGUGUGGCAAUCAGAGGGUCCCAUGGGGCCGUUUCUGUGAUACACUCUCGCGAUUAUUCUACCAUGCUGAGCAAUCUAGCUCAGGUCUAUUCCUUUCUCGAGGGAGUACUGCAGGCUCUGUCCUGCGUCUCGCUGCCUUCCGGAAAGCAUGCUGGGAGGGUGGGGACUUUGAAGCAAAAUAUCAACUACUAUCGUUGUUUGAGCACUUUCAGUGGACCGAGGCGACUCAGAGACGAGACAAACUGUUCGCACUACUAAACUUAGCCAGAGAUAACUGUCAGGAACUCCGUCCAGAUUACGAGGCUCCUCUAAAGGACAUAAUCUGGCGAUACGCACGCACAUUCGUAAAUAAUGGCUAUGUGAUGGAACUACUGUACAGAAGUGGGCGUUCCGCGAUAUCUCCAUCCUGGGUGCCAGAUUGGACAUCGGCACCCUACCCCAGGUCUCUAUCCAAAUGGAGAUGCAAAACCGCGCCACAUAAAUUCACUGCUGGCAACGGAUUCCCGCUCUCUUUCCACUUACGCUCUGGAAGGGUCUUAUGCCUCCGUGGGCACCUAGUUGAUCGUGUAUCACGCGUAGGCAAGUGUCCAUCGUACACAAGUGUGUUUCCAGCUUACCGCCAAGAAAUUUCUACCAUGGUCGACAAAUGGUUUCGAGCCCGUACUCCAGAGGAGACUGCGAUUGUCAAGUGGAGACUGCCCAUUGGGGACUGCGAUAUAGAGUCUGAGCAGCCGCGAACUUCAGGUAAUCUAAAUGAUGCAUGGGCGGGAGAGUCUCGAGAAUACAUGGCUGCUGCCUCUGACUUCGCAGACAUCUUCUCACCUGCCGUUGCCUGCGGCACAGAAAUGAGAAAAGUCGGCAUUGUCCCCAAAAACACUCAGACGGGUGAUCGAAUUGCUGUCUUCCACGGUAGCGUGGUCCCUUUUAUAAUUCGCAAAACAGAAACACCAGAUGGCCACUACCGUGUGAUAGGGGAAUGUUACAUUGAUGGCAUGAUGCAUGGGGAAUAUAUGGAUUCAUCUGGACAGUGUCUGGACAUAAGUCUGGUCUAA